UCUCUCAUUCCUCGCUUGACACGGUCACUGCAUAACCGGGCAGACACGAGACAGCGAUCCCCAGGGAAGUCGGAAGGUGUCGUUGGAAUCGCGUCAAGCCGCCAGCACCGCCCGCCACGAUGAGCGCCCUCGCGUCCAAGCAGCAGUCGCUCAAGAUCUUUGAGAAGCUGAAGACGAAGCCAGCGAACAAGAUCUGCUUCGACUGCGGACAGAAGAACCCGACCUGGACGUCCGUUCCCUUUGGCAUCUACCUGUGCCUCGACUGCUCCUCCAACCACCGUAACCUCGGUGUUCACAUUUCCUUUGUGCGGUCGACGAACCUCGAUCAGUGGCAAUGGGAUCAACUCCGAGUAAUGAAGGUGGGCGGUAACGAAUCCGCAACCAAGUUCUUCCAGCAGAACGGAGGCACCGCGGCCCUGAACAGCAAGGAUCCCAAGACCAAAUACCAGUCCAACGCAGCCACCAAGUACAAGGAGGAGCUGAAGCGACGCGCCGCCCGCGAUGCCCUCGAAUACCCCGAUGAAGUCGUGAUUGAAGCUGUCGAGGGAGAUGGUAGCUUCACUCCCGCCGGAGAGCCAGACGACGAUUUCUUCUCAUCCUGGGACAAGCCCACAAUCAAGAAGCCGACGCCUCCCGUAUCACGGAAUGCGACACCCCCCGUCGUCGGCCGCACACCCUCUCCGUUCCUCAACGCCGGCAACAAGGACGUGCCCCGUGCGGCGUCACCUCUAUCCAAGACCGACUCCACCGAGACGAAGCCUGCGGCCAGCAGAAUUACCACAUCUGCUGCCCUGCGCAAAACGACUACGACGGGCGGUGCCAAGAAGACCAACAUUCUCGGUGCGAAGAAGGUGCAGAAGCUGGGCGUCAAGAAGGUCACCGGCGACUUCAUCGACUUUGACGAGGCAGAGAAGAAGGCCAAGGAGGAGGCUGAGCGGAUCGCCAAGCUCGGUUAUGAUCCCGAAGCUGAGGAAGAGCCGGCGGCAAAGGCCAGCGCCAGUUCGUCUGCCGCCGCCAUCAUUUCCCCAACCCCCAUCAGCCCGGCACCCAGCUCUCACACACGGCAAAAGUCGAAUGCCGAGAUGGAGCGGCUGGGAAUGGGCAUUGGACGGCUGGGGUUCGGCCAGAUUGGUGGUGCCAAGGCCGCUGCUUCUUCUGCUGCUUCGGCCAAGAAGAAUGCCGGUGGCUUUGGCUCCGUGGGACCCGUGAAAGCGACUGCCGCUGACGACUCUGAAUCGUUUGCCCGCAGCAAGUUUGGCUCUCAAAAGGCCAUCUCCUCCGACGAGUACUUUGGCAAGGGCGCCUACGACCCCAAUGCUCAGGCCGAAGCCAAGACGCGACUCCAGGGCUUCGAGGGAGCCACGGCCAUUUCCUCAAACGCCUACUUUGGACGGGAGGAGGAAGAGGAGGUCGAGGACUAUGGCGACCUCGAGUCGGCUGCCAAGGACUUUGUCCGCAAGUUUGGAAUCACGGCUGCUGAUGAUUUGGAAAACCUGACCAAUGUGAUUGGUGAGGGUGCUAGCAAGCUGCAGAGCGCCAUCCGGGCGUAUCUCGACAACUAGAAGAACUGCUCAGCAGGUGUUGUCUUGGCGGGUAGCGGCUUUUGGGACAUUGGGUCGACAGCUUGCGGUUUUGGAUGGCAAAAGGUAACACUGUCGGUCAGUGGCAUGACGGAAGAGGUGACGGGAGGCGGAAUGCUUCUGGGAGGGAUUCACACGGGUGGUAACGGAGUACUCUGAGAUGAUUGGAAGGGGAAUUCUUAUAUGAGAAUGGCGCAAAUUGUAAUGUGAAAAGUGACUGGCAUGGAUAGACGGGA